CAAUCCCCUCCGAAAAUGCUGCGCGGCGCCGGUCGUCAGCAGUUGCCGCCCGUCUCUGCGAUGGACCUCUUCCCCGACGGGGCCUUCGUGCGGCUGCGGAACCGCGUGCAGCAGACGUACCUCUACGCCGACGACGACGGGGAGGGGGUCUCCCUGCGCCCGCACGGCCCCGCCUUCUCCCUGAACGCGGUGUGGCGGGUGCACCGCGUCGACGUCGACGGGACCACCUUGCUCCUCCUCCAGGGCGCCGCCUACGGCCGCUACCUCGCGAUCUCGCCCGCCGAGGCGGAGUCCGGCGACCGCGGCAACCGCGCCGUCCAGCGCGACUACGGCGGGGACGACCAGGGCGCCCUCAUGUGGAGGCCCUUCAGGAUGGUCGACGACGCGAGAUACGUCCGCCUGCGCCACGACUUCAACCGCAACCUCCGCGCCAACGGCAAGUUCCGCUUCUGGCGCACCGCCGUCACCGUCGAUACCAACGAAGGCAGGUGGACCACGAUGAUGCAGUGGACGGUCGGCACAUUCCAGCUGGGACCGGAGCUGCCACCCCUUCCACAUCCGACCGUGAAUCUAGGAGGCCGCCGUGGCCUGUUCCGGCGGCGCAGGCUCGAGGCGGAUGAACGGCGGACGAUCCGGCACGUGCGGGCGAACGACCAAGGGGAGUUCGACCCGAACAAUAACAACUGGGCCACAUUCCAUUUCUACGGCCGCUCCGUGUUCAACCUGAGGAUGCAGGUGGGGAUACGCCAGGAUGGCGGGGCCGGGGAAUACGGGGACGGCAUCACACUGGCCGUGCAGCCCGGCUUGCAUGGGCGGCUAACCCCUCUGGUCACCGACCUGCCUCGCAGCGUAGAUCCCAUGGACAUCGUCGUCUUCAACACCGGAUCACAAGGUGCUCAGAAUUUAGUGCACCCAGAUAUAGCGUAGAGGACUACAAGAGCAGAAAUUCUGACAACUUCGCAAAUCAUCUCUUCGGCAAUAAAAAGCAUUUAAGCACUGGUGUCCCCGAGACAGUGACAUGAGAGUUGGCUGUCGUCUUUUGUUAAGAUAGUUUCUGAAAAUUCAGCAACUCUUCUGUAAUAAUGGUGGUUAGAUUUGAUGUGUUCUACUGCCUGGGAAUAGUUUGAAUUGACCUCUCAAGUUCAGUACUUAAAAACUGUCGAAAGCAUUAUAUGGAAGUAAAUGAUGAAUGGUUCUGCAAAGUAAUAUUGAUUGUAGUUAUCAGCAUCUUCAUCUCUGUUGGGUGAGGCACUGAUGGCAAGAAUAGAUGCCGCUGAUUUUGUCUGUA